UUCAAGCUCAAAAAUGGUUCGUAAAUCUUACCGUUGUAGUAUUUGCCAUUCUCGUUUGAAUUUUGAAAAUGCUUAUAAUUUGAAAAAUUGUAAUCACACUUUUCAUCAAAAUUGUAUUACUCGUUGGAUUAAUGAAGGGGCACAAACUUGCCCUCGAUGUCAAGCUCAUUCUACUUUGGCGGAUAUCAAAAAAAUUUAUUUUGAUGAAGGAGGUGAUUCACAGGAAUCUGAUGAUGAGAUGAUGCAAGGUACAAGUAAUAUGGCUACACAAAAUCCAGUUCCUUCCAAUCAAGGAACAAUUAAUGUAAUUGUUAAGGAUACUUAUAAUGAUAGUAAAAUGGCGGUGCAGAUGGAACCAAACGGUACUGUGUUGGGUUUGAAGUAUAAAAUUUCUGAUCGUAGAGGUUUACCAACUGCUACUCAGCGUUUGAUUUAUCGUGGUCAUAAUCUUGAAGAAAAUUGUAAAUCUUUAUUCAUUUUUUACAGAAAUUUUUAUCGAGCAGCAGUAUUUUCUGUUGCAGCGUUUAAGCGUGAAAAGAAAUUCUUAGUUUAA